CACCUUAUUCCCUUCCAGCGGUCACUGCAUCUGUAACGCUUGCGUUUCAGCAUGGUUUCUGGAUAUUAUUUUUGCAUAUUUUAAUAGCACCUGCGUUUAUUCAGCAAGAUAAGUUUAAGAGUGUGGGGUCCUCUCUUUUGGCUUGUGGGAUCUCAUGGGCAGUGUGCUGGCUCUGUCAACCCGCCCCGGGCGACAAAACUCCCCCUUUCCACAAGAUAGACCCUUAUCACGAUGGGAUAGGAGAGAUGGACGGCUGCCUAACCCAGGGAGCUUUGAUGGUCUGCACCGCAAUUGUAAAGAUGUAUUUCCACAUCAGAUUGAAGGUGUAAAGCUUGUAAUAAAUAAGACCCUCAGCAGUUUUUUCAAGGUCAGUCACACAUUUCACCUCAGUGCUGUUGCUCCGUCUAGUUAUCGCUUCCAUGCUGAGCAUCUACAAUCAGACACUGACAGCAAAGAAACGGACUCACCUAUGCUUAUUGGGGAAAUGGACUCCUCUGGCAGCUUAAAUGCACACUCUUUGUUCCAUCUCAGUGAGAAAAUAAGAGCUAAAGCCGUAUUUCAGACUCAGCAGGCACAGUUUGUCACGUGGCAGUUUGAGACAGAAUACAGAGGUAGUGACUUUACAGCUGCGGUUACUAUGGCCAACCCUGACGUUCUGAGGGAAUCAGUUAUCAUGGUUGCACACUUUCUUCAAAGUGUUUCCCCACAGCUGGUACUGGGGGGUGAGCUCGUAUACCAUCGAGGUAGAGCAGAAGAAGGUGGCAUACUCACCCUGGCAGGCCAGUACUCAGGGGCAAAUUGGAUUGCAACACUGAACGCAGGUAAAGGAGGCGCACAUGCCAGCUACUACCACAGGGCCAACAAACAGAUUCAGGUGGGAGUGGAGUUUGAGGCGAGUACUAGGACCCAAGAGACAACCUUUUCCUUUGGUUACCAGAUGGAACUUCCUGAAGCUAAAAUGGUUUUCAGAGGAAUGAUGGACAGCCGCUGUAUUAUUGGUGGGGUCCUGGAGAAGCGGCUUUACCCUCUUCCUGCCACAUUGAUCAUGGGUGCCUUUGUCAACCACAGAGCGGACAAGCUGCAGGUCGGUCUUGGGGUCAACGUUGGUUAAAUACAAGGACACAAAUUCACUAGAAGCCCUUCUUAAGACUUUGGGGACUUCAGAAAACCACCUUCACCAUUCCAAAGGCACUAGUCCACCACCGACUCUGGACAGAACAGGCAUUUCAACCAAAGCUCUGUUUGCCAUACUGAAAAAUAAUGCAGUUCUUUACAGGCAUUAAUGAUGGCUGAAAAAGUCCAGGAACACCAAGACCUCUAUGUUGGUCCCAUCCUGUAUUGAAGGUUUUGCUGUUUUUGGUCUUAUGUGACCCCUAAGUAACCUGAGAUAAACUACUGAGGUAUAUUCAUUGAUUAUCUUAUUUAUAAGAACAACGUAUAAGACCAAGAUCUAACGUAUAAAAACAAGAUGGCAACCUCUGUAUCUGUUAUUGUAACCCCAUAACUCUCUGGAUACCCUACAAAUGAAUUUACAAUCUUUAUUUUGCUAGCGCACUUUGUUGUUCUUUUGGUGAACAAUUAAUCUGUGCUGAAAAAAAAGACAUUUAUUUUGGUAAUCUUCAAUCAAAGACCGUUUGCUUCCAAAUUUGAGGUGUCAGUCUUUAUCUUAUUGAUUUUGUUUGAUGGCUUCGGCCACAAUUUUCUUACCCAUGCCGUUAUUACCGUUAGUUUGCUAUGAGAGAAUGAUGCGCAAAAUAAAGUCUUAUCCCUUACUCAAUAUUCAGUUUCAGUCAGAAGUACAUCAGCAUACUGAAAUAAAAGUCUCAGCAGCUUCUGAUGCAUGUGAGACUUUAAAGGCUUUUCUUUGAGGUUAUUUUAUAAUGGCAGGUAGGACAAUGUAAGGUGUGUACUGAAUAAGUAUACAUUAUGCAUGAGAUAUUACAAGUGUUUUUUUCACAUUGACCAAAUAUCUCAGUAUAGUCAGAACUGUGGUGCAGUAGAGCACAUUGUUAUGAACAGUAACAACCAGUGGUUGCUCCAUCAGGAAUGGAAAUAUGAAUUCCGCCUGAAUAAUAUUGGGAUCUGCAACAAAGAUAAUGUCAUGCAGACUCCAGUUCCAACCCUGCCCACUGCUCCAAUGUGUUUGACUGGAGCUCAAGCUGAAAUAUGUACUAAUGUACAGAGAAAUAGAGAUCUAUGGCAUAAUUAGUGAAUGAGUCAAGGUUUUCCCUGUGAUUUGCUUGCUCACACAGAGGCUAGAGGACCUCAGAUGGAUAAGGUAAAUAUGUCGUACAAUGUGACUGACGCAAAUUUCUGAACUGAGCUUACGAAACACGAACUAAGGGCGGAGUGAAAACUGAAUUUAGCUGCAGCGUCUACAUGGGUAAUGUAAAUAGUUUUAAAGUGCAUUGAUAGCUUCAGGCACUUUCACGCCCCUGGCAACACAGGCUCAUUGGAAAUACAUGCUUCAACCUACAUUUUUAUGAAAUAUCAAGAACGUACUUAGAAUUAUUUUUGGCAACAGUUUGUAGGUAAAAUGAACGCUACGGGGCAAUGUGACGGCAAUCACUUUUGUUCCUUUUCACAUUAAUGAUAUCUACAGGGACAUUUUAAUGAUGAGUGAAUGAUUAUUUUGUGCAGUUCUUUGCACAGCACCAAAUAAACAACACAAAACUAUUUAACACUGUCUAUGAUUUGUAAUUGGAUAUGUUUGCCUAAUCUUUCUAUCUCCAUUUGGACAAUUUUUCUGGCGUGGUCACUUUGCUCAGUAGCUCACCUUGUACAUUGGUGAACUUGCAAGGUUCGAGUCCAGUGAAAAACAGUUCUACAAAAGAGAUCAAAGCAAUGCAAAGUCAAGGUAAAACUGUGAGGUCGCAAAGCAUUUUUUUGUCAGGUUUGCUUUUGAAAACAUGAUUGGUUGGG